AUGCCCAAGAAAGGAAACAGAAAACGGCUGAAAUUUAGGGCAGAGGACGUGUGUUCCGAAUCAGUCUCCGUUGCUGAUUACGCCAAUGCCGAUCCAGCCGUAGUGAAGUCUGGAAGAGUGAAGAAGGCUGUUGUAAAUGCAGUGGCCAAAGAAGCAAAGUCCCUCUGUGGUCUGGAAGCGUCUCAGGGCACCGUGGACGAGGUUCUCACGUCCGCCGUUGGUGUGAACGGGGAUGUUCUGGAAAGCAGCGAGGAGCCGGAGGAGGAGGAGAAUCCGUCUAAAACAACCCACAAGAAGAAACACAAGAGAAGGAAAGGGAACAGUGAGAGCAGUGAUGGGCAGGAGUACCCUGUGGACAUCUGGCUGGUGUUGUCCUCCUACAUUCGUCCUGAAGAUGUUUGCACGUUCUCUCUGAUCUGUCGAAACGCCUGGAUCGUUUCCUGCACAGCUGCUUUCUGGACCCGCCUCUAUAAAAGACACUACAAGAUGGAUGUAGUUUUGCCGCUGCGUCUCCAGCCCGACUCUGUGCAGAAGAUGCGAUGUUUACGAGCGCGUGUGAUUCGCUCGCUCUUUCAUUUGUACGAACCAUUCACGCUGAGAGUUUCACAAGUCCCGCCCCUGCCAGAAACCACGCCCUCUUUUCUAAUAAACUCAAAGUGUUUGCUAUUCUGGGUCCAAAAGAUAUCAGGGACUCGGCCUGAAACACUGUGGGAAUUCAACUUCAAAUUUGAGAAGCCGCGGGGGCAUUACAAAAACGGCCGUUCUCAAGUCCUGUGUUUGCCCCAACAAUACGAAGACGUGCACAAGAACCCGGACUCGGACUGUUACAUGCUUCAAGUCACAACGCUCAACUUCAUCUUCAGCCCCGUGGUGAUGGGCAUGACGCUCGCUCUGUUCACGGUGAACGUCAGCACCGACAUGCGACAUCACCGAGUGCGUUUGGUGUUCCACGACUCCCCUCUGCCCCGGGGCAAGAAGAGGCCAGAGCAGGGGGGCGUCCAGGUGGUCCUCGACCCCGUCCACAGUGUGCGCCUCAUGGACUGGUGGCACCCGCAGUACCCCUUCUCUUCACACAUCUGA